AUCAGCAUCGGAGAGGCCCGCAUGAAACUGUCAAAUACACGGAAACCGUCCGCAGUCAGUAAUCUGUCGGUUGUUGUUCACAGUGGACAUAAAUAAAGCGUACGGGAAAGCGAAAUUUGUGAUUUGUUUGGGUAACACAACAAAAAACAAAACGGAAUUGGUGCUACGGCUACGAUGAAGCUACUGCCUGGAUUGGUCCUGCUGGCGGUGACCAUUUCGGUUACCAAUGGAACGAUGUUCGGAAAUGGGGUGCAAUUUAUCAAGGACCUCAAGGAUAAGCUGCGCCGUAGGUUCAAUCAUACCUUCGAACGGAGAAUAUCACCGGUCAUUUUUGUUCCAGGCGAUGGAGGCAGCCAGCUCGAUGCAAUCCUGAAGAAAACGGACAGCGUGCACUUUUACUGCCAGAAGUCAACGGACACCUACUUCAACCUGUGGCUCAACAAGGAACUGCUGGUUCCGUUCGUGAUCGACUGCUGGAUCGACAACAUCCGGCUGGUGUACAACCGGACGACCCGUAAAACCACCAACUCCCCGGGGGUAGAAACUCGCAUUCCCGGGUGGGGUCUUUCGGAAACGGUCGAAUGGAUCGAUCCCUCGCAUGCUUCCGUGGGAGCGUACUUUGUGAACAUCGGCAAUGCACUGGUACAGAACGGAUACAAGCGGGACAUUUCCGUGCGGGGAGCUCCCUAUGACUUUCGAAAGGGUCCAAAUGAGAACAAGGAAUGGUUUAUUAAAAUGAAACACUUGGUGGAGGAAACCUACACGCUGAACGAUGAGACACCGAUCACGUUUAUCGUUCACAGCAUGGGAGCCCCGAUGACGCUGCUGUUUUUACAAAUGCAAGGUCAAGAAUGGAAGGACAAGUACAUCCGACGGAUCAUUUCUCUGGCCGGUGCUUGGGGUGGAAGCGCCAAAGCGCUCAAAUGUUACGCCAUGGGCGAUGAUCUCGGAGCGUUUGCCUUGAGCGGAAAGGUGAUGCGGGCCGAGCAGAUAAGCAACCCCUCGCUGGCUUGGUUGCUUCCGAAUCACCUGUUCUGGAAACCCAAUGAGGUCAUGGUGAAGACGCUGUCCCGGGUUUACACGAUGGAUCAGUUGGAAGAAUUUUUCAAGGACAUCAACUUCACCGACGGUUGGGAGAUGAGAGAGGAUGUGUUGGAGUACUCGCAAAAUUUUACGGCCCCAGGAGUCGAGAUACAUUGUUUGUACGGAUCGGGAGUUCCUACGGUAGAACGUUUGAACUAUGAGAAAUCGUACGACCUUUCUGGUAAACCAACGCUAGAGAUGGGCGAUGGCGAUGGAACUGUCAAUCGACGUUCCUUGGAAGCUUGCCAGUACUGGCAGACACAGCAGAAGCAGCCAAUUUAUCUUCGCGAGUUCCCCGGCGCUGAUCACAUGAACAUUUUGUCUGAUCUUAGUGUUCUGGAUGCUAUUAUCAAAGUGCUACUAGUAGAUUAGAGAUAUUUUGGUUGAGCUGAUCGUCGUAGAGAAUAUGAGACUUUAUAAUACUGUUUGCUUUAACUUUAUGUUAGGGAAAUACUAACUCUGGUAUUUCACAAACAUCAUGGCUCUCCUUAUUACGAAACCUAUGAAUUUCGUAAAACCUCUGUAAAUCAAUAGAUUUCCGUAAAUAAAAAUGAUAAAGGAUGAUAUUAUUUAGCAAAUAAAUACCCAAGUAAACACUGAUUAUAUGUAAAAGAUAAAUUGUUUUAAAUACAUAAUAAAAAAGGUUUGAAUGAGUUUGAGACACCUCAAA